AUGUUGUUUUCUAUCGAUCUGAAUACAUUUAUAACUAUUUUAAACUUUUAUGGCACAAUAAUAAUCUAUUUUUCCCAGAAAUAUAUGUCAUAUCUAUUACCGAGGGAAGAUAGUGUGACAUAUAAGUUUUCUAAAGAACAAAUCUAUUUAGCUAAUAUUUUGGCUAAUGAUACAUUUCCGGAAGGUUUUUUGUUCGGUAUUUCAGCGCCUAUUGUGGAUAGUAAAAGAGAAUUGUGUUGUAUGAUACGAGAAGAAUUAGAAUGUAUCGUGAAUAAUGUUACAGAAUAUAGAAAUUUUAACUCGCAUUACAAAGAGGACAUUUUGUUUGCGGAAAGCAUCAAUUCUAAAAUGUUUAAAAUGUCUUUGUCAUGGACAAAUAUUUUGCCGCAUGGCUUCACGAACCUUAUUAACGAAGAUGCUAUACAACACUAUAACACUGUUAUUAAUGAAAUUAUAGCAAAUGAUAUGACGCCCAUGGUUACUAUGUUUGACUGGGAUUUACCGCUCAAUUUACAACUUUUGGGAGGAUGUACGAAUCCUAUGCUAGUAAAAUGGUUCCAAGAUUAUGCUAGAAUAAUAUUUGACGCCUUCGGAGAUAGGGUGAAAUUUUGGGUUACCAUAAACGAGGUGAAUUUGAUGGCGUAUUCUGACCGCAGUACGCAUAUAGCGGCAAUUAAUCAAUCUGGCAUUGCAGAUUAUCUUUGCGGUCAUAAUAUGCUAUUAGCACAUGCGAAAGUGUAUAAUAUGUAUAAUGAAAAUUUUCGCCAGUCACAAAAUGGAAAAGUUGGAAUUAUUCAAUUUUAUACGUGGAUGGAACUGCAAAAUGAUGAUUCACAAGCCGAUAUUUACGGACAGAGAAGAGGCCUCGAGUGGUACAAUGGCUGGCUCACCCAUCCAAUUUUCAGCAAAAGCGGCGACUAUUCGAAACUGAUGAGAAAUCGAAUAGACUUCAAAAGUCUCUUUCAAGGAUUCUCUCGUUCGCGACUGCCUUAUUUCACGGACAAAGAAGUGCAACUUAUCAAGGAUUCCGCCGACUUCCUCGGAAUUAAUUUUUGGAGAGAAUUUAAGAUUCGCGCAGAAGAAAAAUGAAAAGGAGAAGCAUCUUUCAAACAUGACGCUGAUAUUGCAUUUCUUUUAGAAAACAAAAGUAUAUGUGAUAUACGCACUGUGAUCACAACGUCGGCAUUUGGCAAAUUAUUAGAGUGGUUGAAUAACGAUUACAUACUACCUGAUGUUUAUAUAAUUGAAAACGGUUGUGCUGAUAUUGGGAAAAUUGCGAAUAACGAAGAAAUAAUGGAUAUAAACAGAAUUAUUUACCUUCGACAGCACAUAUCACAAGUUAUGAAAGCUAUGCAAAAAGGUGUCAAUAUUCGGGGUUAUUUGAUUUCCUCGUUAAUCAAUAAUUUUUCACGGAGCUCAUAUGACACGGUGACACUGCAUGUCUUCACCCUUCAAACGAGCAUCUAUACUUCGGCACCCGUCGAAACGGCGAACGCGCGAUUCGACAUUUUCGGCAAUGUCGAGCAUCGGGCGCUCAGUUAAUCGGUACAUUUCGGGCCUGGCGUUGAUAAUGUGGCCGUACGCGAGACUGGCAACGAGGGCGACAUUACCGUCGCAUCCCCACGUUGGACAGGACCACCGAGGGUAUCAAUCAGUGGUACAUGAAAGGGGCGCGGUUCGGCCACGUCUGU